UUUAUUGACAAGCAAGCGAAUUGUUCUUUAAAAACAAACGAUUCUGUAGUUGAAAUUUAAUUUUACAUUAAAAUGAAAUUGUAUUGCUUAAGCAGUGACCCGGCAAAGCCAUGCUAUUUGAUAAGUUUCAAAGAGCUGGUGAUAAUGUUGGAUUGUGGUCUGUCCAGUCAAACGGUUUUAAAUUUUUUACCAAUGCCAUUGGUUCAAAGUUCACGAUUUCAAUCGCUACCGAAUUGGAUUUGCCCGCGUGAACACGAUGCUCAAAUCGAUGGUGAACUGAAAGAAUGUUGCGGUCGCUUGUUUAUCGACAGUACACCGGAAUUUUGUACACCAUUAGAUAAAAUUGUUGACUUCUCUGAAGUAGAUAUCAUACUGAUAUCAAAUUAUUCGAAUAUGCUGGCAUUGCCAUUUAUAACACGUGAAACUGGAUUUUCUGGAACAGUGUAUGCAACAGAGCCCACCCUACAAAUCGGUCGAUUCUUUUUGGAGGAGUUGGUUGAAUACAUUGAAACUACACCAAAACCAAAUGUGGCAACUGGAUGGAAAGAUAUUCUUAAUUUACUUCCAGCACCGUUAAAUGAAGCAUUCAAACCGAAAAGUUGGAAACAUAUAUUCAGCAUUGAAGACGUUCAAAAUAGUUUGGCUCGCGUUAAAAUUGCCGGCUAUGAUGAGAAAUUGGAUAUAUUUGGUGCUUUCACCGUAUCGCCGGUCAGUUCUGGAUUUUGUUUGGGAUCAAGCAAUUGGGUUAUUAGUUCGGGCCAUGAAAAAAUCUCUUACAUUAGUGGUUCAUCAACACUUACCACACAUCCGAGACCCAUCAAUCAGACUGCAUUGAAAAAUUCAGAUGUUGUCAUUAUGACGGGAUUGACUCAAGCACCACACGUCAAUCCAGAUAGCAUGCUUGGCGAACUAUGCAUGAAUGUUGGCGUUACAUUAAGAAAUGGUGGCUCAGUUCUAAUUCCCUGCUAUCCAUCCGGCGUUGUCUACGAUUUGUUUGAAUGUCUUUCAUCAAGUCUUGAUAGCCAUGGCCUGUCACUGGUUCCAAUGUUUUUUAUCUCUCCGGUUGCAGACCACUCAUUAGCAUAUUCGAACAUUUUGGCCGAAUGGUUGAGUUCAGUCAAGCAAAAUAAGGUGUACAUACCUGAUGAACCAUUCCCGCAUGCGAGUUUAGUGAAAAAUGCUCGUCUAAAGCACUUCAAACAUAUCUAUUCGCCUGGUUUCAGCGAGGAAUUCAAGCAACCAUGUGUUGUGUUUUGCGGUCAUCCGAGUCUACGUUUUGGUGAUAUUGUUCAUUUCGUUGAAUUAUGGGGACCAAAUCCACAGAAUACAAUCAUAUUCACUGAACCAGACUAUCCAUAUCUGCAAGCAUUGGCACCUUAUCAACCACUUUCGAUGAAAGCCAUCUACUGUCCAAUUGAGACAUCGUUGAAUUUUCAACAGGCCAAUAAAUUGCUAAAAGAACUUAAACCAGGCGUUGUGGUUAUUCCUGAAUCGUACACAAAACCACCGCUCAUAGCACCGCAUAAAACCGAAUUGGUCAUUGAAAAACAAGAUAAACAAGUGAUAACAUUUAAUCGUGGUGAAGUCAUCAAACUACCAUUGAAGCGAACAUUUGAUCGUGUAUUCUUAACACCAGAAAUAGCAAAGCAAAUCGUUCCGCGUGAGGUAGCGCCCGGAACAAAUCUUUCUUCCAUUACCGGCUGUCUUCAAGUCAAAGACAAUUUACAUGACAUCAAAGCAUUCGAUGAACCUUUGAGCGAUCAACCAACUUAUAAAAGACCAUGUGCCCCAACACAAGAGGAAAUUUUUCGAAAAACAAAAUACGAAUGGGGUCAAGUUGAUGUCGAUCUAUUCAUUAAGAAGCUCAUGCAAGAGGGAAUCAAUGACGUUAAAAUUGAACAGUGUGGCGGCGGAACAACAAAAAUUCGCAUACUUAGUGACGAUACGUUGAUAACAAUAUCUGAAAACUCCACACACAUUUACAGCAGCGGUAAAGAAAAAUUAAGACUUAAGCUGCGCGAUUUACUCAUGAAAUGUGUGCCGAAUUUUUAGAAUGUAAGGGAUUGGACGCAGUAUUUUUUUUUACUAGAAAUCUAUUUGUCACAUGAUUAGAUUAUAUAUCAAACAACAAUAAAUAUGAAUAAAUUCAA